CCUUACUUGUUAGCAGAGUAAUGAAGUCCCCAUUACCAUCACCAGCAUCAUCCCUAACAUGAAGUAAUUUUGUAUAUUGCUCUUUUUGGAAAGCUAUUGACGAAUUGGAACAUAACCACUUGAAAGUAAUAAAAGGAUUUCAGUUUAUCUAACAUGUAUUAUAUGCGUGCACAGCUUACCUAUCAAAGUCAUCUACUCAUGAAAAUGUGAGAUAGGAAUCCCUAUUAAUGACAUAGCUCAAUAAUAGUGCAGUCCUGUACAAGGACUGCAUAAACAUCUGGUAAGAACUGCACAAACAUCUGGUAAUGACUGCAUAAACAUCUGGUAAUGACUAGAUGAGAUCAGUGUUUCCUUAGUCUUUUUACUAAAAUAAGAUCUACACCACUGUUUGCCUACUUAGUUUAUAAGCAUUAUUUCUAAAUGUUUCUUAGUUUAUAACCAUAUAUAGUGGAUAGAAUUUUUGAUGUGAAUAGGCAUCCCUGUUUUUAAUAGAGAUGCCUCUACUUUUAUGGCAAGGCUGAAAAUUCUAUAGUGGAUCCAUAACUUUUAUACCAUUCGAACUUGAUGCACUGAAUAUGGGCAAUACAAAACAACUUCCUACCCACCUUCUCCCCUUAUGAUUAACAAGAGGAAACAGAUAGGCUUAAGACUGUGAAAAUCCUCAACAGCAGUUAACGUAUUCUUUCUCCCACUCAGAACAUUGCUGGUGGGAAAACUCCAUCUGUGGAACUUCUACAAAUAAACUUGAAUACCUGUGAUAAUGUAAACAGUGUCUCAGUAGCAAAUCUUCCUUUCCAGUAGAAGAGGUGUAACUCCUCCUGCAUUCAGAGAUAUCUUAGCGUGUUCUAGCUAGUUUGUUUCCUAAAUAUUGCACCUUUAUUAAUUUCUGUACUUUGUUAAUAGAAUGAGGAGACAAUGAGAUAUAUUACUGAAGUUGUCAGCAAUUAUUUGAAUCUCAUACACAAGCACAUUUUGUUGCAAGGUACAAAUACAUUUUCCCUGCAUGUAAUCACUGUGCAAGCAGAUCAGUAUGAUAGAUAAGAUCUUUAUUAGAUUAGUUUGAUUAAUUUCAAUACAAUACAAUUCAAUACAACCAAUUUCAUUGUAUUUAAGUACAAUGACAAUAAAGAUUAUACUUAUUAGAGAAGAUUAGGUAUACCCAUGCCAUAGAUAGCAUGCCACUGAUAAUAGACAUCACCAGUUUUAGCAUGUUUAUGCUACUCUGUGCAAACUAGAUUUCUAUGGUAGAUAUUACCUUGCCAGCUAAUAUAUUGUUCUUUACAUUCCACCUUCCACACAAUCAGGAUGGUAGGUUAUUGCAACAUUUGGUAUUGGCUCUAAACACAAAAGUGCAGGACUAUACUAUGACGACUUCUUUACCCUCCUUUUUUCCUAGUUUUCCCCUAAACUAUAUCUAUCCAUUCAUGCAGAAUAUUUGUUGAGCUGCUUGUUCCAUUCAAGUGUGUGUGUGAAGAGAGAUCAUUCAUUCUUAUCUUUCUGCAAGUUCAGAGUUUUCUUGAAUAUACUGGUGUUCCUAACGUACGCUGAAGCCAAAACAACUUGCAAUCCAAUACAUUUCUAAUCCAAAAAGAUACCAUUGAACUGAAUGGGCCUUAUAGCCAGCUAAAUAAUAUUGUAGCCUAAAUCCUGACAGCAAAACCAGCUAGGCAACUUCAUGUUUGCAUGAAAUAUAUCUGUUGGCCAUGAUGACAGAACUGUGGGAAAAUGCCAGAUUGGCAGAGACAACUUUAGUUGUCUGGUUUCUGGGGAUAGAUUUUAAUGGGCAAAAACAGUGCAUGGAGGAACUCCUUUCAUAAAGCAUAUUGCCUUGUUGCAUAAUACAUGGGGUUGUUUUUGUUUUGUAUUUUGUUCAUCUGGUUAUCGUUAAAGCUUUGUAAACCUUCCAGGCACAAUCCUAAUGCAUUCUUGGCAAAUGCCUAGUCAUGAAUGCUGCCACCGCCCACUUUAUUCCAGGCAAGCAGCAAUCUUCUUUCCAUCAGUACUAAUGAGCACCACUAAUUCAUAUCAAAAUCUGGCUUAAAGAACUAGAAGGGAACAGAAAGAAACAAAAGGACAAAGAAAAAUACUGCAACACAACAGCAGCCAUAUGGUGACUAUGCUCGACACCUCCUGCAUCUCAGAAAUAAUAAGGAGUUGUCUGUCUCCUCUUUUUAAAAAACUCAUCGAGCCGAGGAGAGGGGUGGGGAAAAAAUCUUCCUUAUUGUUACUGACUUUUCAGGCUUUGAUUUUCAUAGGCUUCAUUUACUUGGAUAGACAGAUGAGAUUUAUUUUACCCUUUUGAGUUACCUUCUCUAUUAAUGGUCUCAUGUAUGAUUCUACUUCUAGAAAUGGACAAAAUAAACUACAUUCUCCUGACGGCAUUCAUUAUCCUAACAGUAUCCUCCACCUCUGGCUAUGCACUUCGAUGUUAUUUCUGUGAACAAAGUCCUUUUCUCUGUAGAAGCAAUCUCACCUGUUCUGAGGAAGAAGACGCUUGCUUGCAAAUUAGAAUGGUGAAUUUGAGAACAUACAAGUGCUGGAAAAUGUCACAAUGCAGCAAGGAUGUUGUAGCCCGGGAAUUUAGCGUUGACAGUUUUAGACACCUUUGCUGCCAAAGAGAUUUCUGCAAUAAGAGUCCAAGCCUCCUCGUCAGUACCAUUCCCAUUGGUAUUUCAGCAGUGAUUGUGGUUUGGAUGAUGUCCCGAUAAUAUCGAGAUACAAAGUAAUAUGUUCUCUGCAUAUCCCAAUUCUCCCCAGAUAUACAAGCACUUUUACUGGAGCAGCUAAAGCUAUUUGAAGAAGCAAUGUCUUUUUAACCAGAAGUGUUAAUGCUAAACUAAAAAAGAAAUGGUGAAGAAAUAUAUAAAAAUGGAAAACCAGUUUUGUAAGAAAGUACUCUCACUCAGUGCAUGUUGAUAGUCUUUGACUAUUGAGUCUUAUCCUUAAUAUUUAAUCUCUGGUUAAUCCAUGGCAACAAAAGUUUUUGUUUAUUAUAUUUCUGGGCAGUUUUGUUUUGAUAGGAAGCAGAUUUACAUUGUUUUCCUUUAUUACUCUCAACAGCUGCAUGUUUAUCAGUAAACAUGGAUACUGUAUUUCACAACUCACUUUUAAUGCAAGCUCAUCAUAAACAUGUUUAAGAGGUUACUGAGACAAAUGGUUGUAGGAUCCCACUGUUUAUAGUCCUACAUUGACAGAUUUCACCUUCUAUCUAUUUUAACAUUCUAUAGUAAUCUAUUAUCCAGGUGUUAAGCUAACUGUUCUACAGAGAACUCAUAUUAUGUGGCACUUUAUGUAGUAUACGCAGUAACUACACAGCUUUGCUGCUUCAAAACCUAUUUCCUAUUCCUUAGCACAUUUACACAAAGAGCCUAAUAUUGACAGAGCUUAAUUUAAAAGUGUAAUCUUCCCCUUUUCAUUGCAUUGUUUUCUGUGAAGACUUUAUUCAGCAAAGAAACUCUGAAAAGUUUUAACAGAGUCCUUCCUAUGAUAAGCACAUUUUAAAAGUAUAUUGUAUAUGGACAAUUGUUAACAUUAAUUUGCAGAUUUUUCCAUAUAUUUAGAACUGUAGGUAUCUUAAAAAGUACUGAAACUACUAUGUGCAAUAUGUUCUACUUACACUAUAUGUAUAAAGAUUCUUGAGGGAACCCUGGCUUUGCUUUGCUAUGUAUAAAUCCUUUGUAUUAGUAGUCUAUAACAUUAUUAUAAUUUAUUUCAGUGGGAACCAAUAUGGCCCAAGGAGGCAAAGCUGAUGGACAAAGAUUAUUCACUUUCCUCCACUAAUUAAAUGAAGGAAUUAGUAGUCUAUACAGACUCAGUUAGAACUGACAGAGAAAUCCAAAAGAAGACAAAAAUCUUCCAACUAUUGGGGAUUCGUAAACAGACUAGCACCAUAUGUGAAUGCAAUGAACCUGAGUUUUAGGAAAUAGAGAAACCAAAAAGAAAAGUACCUACCUCUGUACUUAUUUAACCAAGUUGCUUAGAAUUAUACAACUGUCCUGGCUGAAUUCACCCUCAUCACUUCAGCAACAAAAUUAAGCAGUCACAUUUUAUCCUACUGUGGUGAGCAAACCAGCUAUUUUUUUUUAAAUCCUUAAGAUGGAAUAUAACAAGUCUAAUUUCAUUUAACAAGAAAAAAAACUUAUCUGUUUAUACAAAACAUAUUAUGUAUGUUAUACAUAUUUAACAAAGGUAUCACAAUAAACA